UAAUGCUGUGCUCAACGUGAGUGGUUAGUGGAAAGUGCUUCCAGUGCCUGCUUGUUACAGUGACAUAAUAUCAAUGGCGGGACAACUGAAGAAAAGACUGAAGGAUGCAGUGCAGAUCAUUGGUUCUGGGAGCGUCCUGUUUGUCUCCUAUCUCACCGCUGUUGGAGAUGAGCGUUUCUAUGCCAACCAGCUCAUGCCCCUGCUGCAGAGGAUUGUUGGAGCAGAGACGGCCCAUGUAUUGGCGGUGAAAGUGAUUGGUAUGGGUCUGGUUCCUCGGAAUUGCUACAAAGAUCCUGUUUCUCUGGAAGUAAACGUCAUGGGCUGCAAGUUCAGGAACCCCAUCGGAAUUGCAGCCGGCUUUGACAAACACGGGGAAGCUGUGGAUGGGCUGUACCGACUGGGCUUUGGCUUUGUGGAGGUGGGAACCAUCACUCCUAAACCCCAGGAGGGGAACCCCAAGCCUCGUGUCUUCAGACUCUCCAAAGAUGAGGCUGUAAUCAACAGAUAUGGUUUUAACAGCUGUGGUCUGCUGGCUGCCCAGGAGAGGCUGAAGGCCAGAGCAGGAACCCAGGCAGAGCUCACUAAAGCUGGCUUGCCCCUGGGCAUCAACUUGGGCAAGAACAAACUGUCCCAGAGUGCAACAGGAGACUAUCUGGAGGGGGUGCGUGGGCUGGGGCCGCUGGCAGACUACCUGGUGGUCAACGUCAGCAGUCCCAACACCCCAGGCCUCCGAGACCUGCAGAGCAAGGAUGAGCUCAGGCAGUUACUGCACAAGGUGAUGAAGGAGCGUGAUGCACUCCAGGAGGGGUCAAAGCCCCCGGUCUUGGUGAAGAUUGCCCCAGACCUCAGCCCCCAGGACAAGCAGGACAUCGCUGAUGUCAUCACUGAGCUGGGUGUGGAUGGUCUGAUGAUAUCCAACACCACAGUCUCUAGGCCUGACAUCCUCAAAGAUCCCCAGAAAUGUGAAGUUGGGGGGCUGAGCGGCAGACCGGUCAGGGAACUGUCCACACACACGGUCAGGGAGAUGUACAGCCUCACAAAAGGCAAGGUGCCAAUCAUAGGAGUUGGGGGUGUUGCCUCUGGGCAGGAUGCCAUGGAAAAGAUCCGUGCUGGCGCCUCAUUGGUCCAGCUGUACACUGCCCUAAUUUAUCAAGGACCUCCAGUCGUCAACAAGAUCAAACGAGAGCUUGAGCAGCUUCUUACGGAACAAGGCUUCAGCAGCGUAUCAGAGGCAGUAGGCGCUGACCACAGAGACACAAACAGGACCACCCGGAUACAGAGUCAUCAGAGAGACAGCACUGCUACAGACUCAGAGCGCUCCGCCCUGGCUAGCACUUCCACUUGCUAGUUACAGGCUAAUUUCCGGAUUGAUCUCUGACUUAAUUAAUGGAGAGGGGAAAACCUGUUCCUCUGUACAGGUGUUGACGAAUCCAGACAUGCCGGAUCAGUGAUUGCUCCUUUCAAAGUCAGACAGAAAGGAAGGUUUUAUUUUGAGCGGAGACAGCUUCCUGCACUUACUUGAAGCCUGUACGUACAGUAUGUGUACACAGUAAUGACUUUGUGAUACUGUGGUAUCAUACCAGUAAUGCAAAGAAAAUACUGUCAAAUAUGGGCCUUCACAUGUAGCUUUAGAAUCACUUUGAGCAAAAUCUACAUUUUUGUCAUUUGUGCCAUCUCCAGUGUUUGCAAAGAUCUCAACAAACUGCAUCUUGGUUGGUGGUCUAGUUAAUGUAGGGAGAUGUCUGUGGUGUAAAGGCAGACUGUAAUUUCCCCAUUAACUGUAUGGAUUCUACUGGCUUGUUUGUUGCGUGUAAGUAGCCGGAAUUUUACUGCAAUCAUGUUGAUAGCGAAGAUUUGAGCCAGGAAAUUUGGACCUAACCUGGUCAUAAUAAAAUAGUGUUCUCUAUCCCAA